AUGGAUCUCAAACUUCAAGAUGUACACGUUCUCAUCACAGGUCUGUAUCUCACAUAUCAGUAUCUAUCUCUCGGUGCCUACGUAACCGCGCACUACAACACCAAUGCGACCACCCUCUCCGCGCUCGCGGACUCCCCCGACGCCCCAAGCCACCUGCAAGCCCUGCAAGCCGACCUCUCUUCCGAGACCGCCGUUCAAUCCCUCUUCGCGUCAAUGCAGGCAUCCUCUUUUGGCUUCCCGCAGAUUAUCGUCGUCAACCACGCCGUGGGGAUCAACCAGUACAUCGCCGUCGCGGACAUGGAGCUUUCCCAGUGGGAGAGAAUCAUCAACAAGAACCUUACUUCGAGCUUUCUCGUCUGUCGCGAGUACCUGAAGGGCUUGCGGAUCUUGUCAGAGGAGAAGCAGGAGAAGGCAGCGAUUGUGUUGAUUGGGAGUACAGCGGGCAAAUUUGGCGAGGCCGGCAACGCGGAUUAUGCUGUUACGAAGAGCGGCUUGAUGUAUGGCCUGACAAUGUCGCUCAAGAAUGAGAUCGUUAAGAUCGCACCUCGCGGACGCGUCAACUACGUGACCGAAGCCCUCAAGAACCCUGAUGUCGUUUACUCUGCCCUCGCCACGAUCCCUCUCAAGAAAAUCGCGAAGCCGGCGGACAUCGCGACACAGGUUGUCGUGCUUUCGUCGACUGCUGUCUCUGGGCACGUGUCUGGGCAGGUCCUCUUCGUCGACGGUGGAAUGGAGGGUCGUUUGCUCAAUAAACCGGAAAACGUUUCCCUCCCAUCGUAAAUUAUGAAGCUCUAUUGUCUUACCUUUUACAUUGUGAUCGUCAUAGUUGCAGAUGUUGGGGCCAUUAAAGGUCGCUCAUCAUAUUUCCGUUG